GGAUCCCGUUCAAGGCCCGCUCAGCAGGCCAGCCCUUCCGUCGCAAAGCGCCUGCUAGCAUCGAUGUCCUUUAACAGGAAUCACGUUUCUUCCACCACGUCUACUCCAGCGAAUAUCAGGGAGAUGAACAUCGGCAUUCCCAAGAAAUUGAAGGCUGAGUAUACGAUACGGGCGCGGAGGGAAGACUCUGCCCUGCCAGCCGCUUCCGGUCCCGUUACGCGUCCUCAUAGAGUCCCUGGAUCAAGCGGACGGCCCACCGACCGGGCGACACGCCAGUCAGCUGCUACUCUCGAGUCACUGGAUCUUGCCGUCGAGCUCGCGCCUCCGCCUGUGCCCGCCAGGACGGCCAUGAUACGAUAUGGGGGCACCGGGCUCCAGGGAACGGGGUAUCUCGCUGAGGCCACGGCCGUUCGCUCUCGCAACCCACGCCCAGACGACGGCCCGUUCAAGGUGGUGGUGGUAGACCAGGCAAACCGUAUCUCUCAAACCGUAUCGGUUCACAGCCAGUUUCCGGGCAGCCCAGUCAACCAGGCCGCGGGGGCGUGUCAACCUCCGCCGGUCCCAUCACCAUCUGGGUCGCCCACGAGUUGGGAUUGGCCACGGCCGCCCACUCACAUGCCACCUAGCGUACAUGCAAUCGUCAACACUCGCGUGUCGCCUUCAUCGUCCGACAGGAGCCGCCGUAUUCAUUCUCCAGAGCAGUCACUAGACAAGAUGCAGCGCCGCAUCGAGCUCGGGCUUGGCGCUGACAUUAAGCGAGGAGCGCCUCACGUCAACAAGGGCAACGGACGUGCGGUUCGCGAGAAGAAUAGGGAUGGCAUCGUUUAUCAUCAGAUCCCGGAUAUUGCCAGGACCAGGGAACCGGCAGCGACUUACCACGGGUCUACCCACAGAAUGAGGCCGUCUCUACCAAUUGGGCCGCUCGUCGCAAACUCUAUGGGAGUGAAGGCGCGCUCGCAGUCACGUUCACCUCUGGCGCCGGUGGUACCCGUCCAUGGGACUUCCGCGCUUCAUACCCAAACACGAUCUCCAAUGCAUGCUCCCUCUGCUCCCUCGCACAAGAUACGCGAGAAACCCGUCCCUGUUCCCUUCCAGCCGCAUCAGCCAGAGAAGCUUCCGGCUGCUCCGCAGCCAUUCAAGGUCCCGUCUCAGAUGGAACACAAAGGCGUCCAAAACACCCGCGCCAUGCUUCCCGGCUGGCGGGCUUAA